AUGUGUAAGUUUAAUUUCAUUUUGGUUAUCUGUACUUUGGGAAUAAAUGAUGUAACAGCUACGACAGAUGUUUGGGUUACAAGAGCACGAGUUGUGAAUCCUAUACCUUACUUCUCAGAAGUAAUGCAGCAAUUCGUUAAUGAAUUGGAAAAAAGGGAAUGGUGUAACUUGAAACUGAUAGACAUUAAUAGGAAUGUAAACACGUUCAUUGCUAAUUGGAACGUCACGGGAACAGUAACAUACACCAAUGGCUUUGUGGUGUCCAUCCAAGCCAUUGAUCUUCACCAAGUCAGAGGAACUGUCCAUAGAAGAAACAUAGACAAUAAAUUUUAUCCAACGGCGACUGUUAGCGGUCUUAUGUCAUUUCAUGAUGUAAAUAUUGGGUAUGACGUCAUCGCAAACCUGAGUGGUAUCGGAGAACAAAGAUAUACUGGGGAGAUAUUGAGUAACAAUAUUGCGUUCACAUUUUCUAUUAUUAAAGACUUGAUCAGCAAAGAGAUUACUGUGACGUCGUCAUUGAAUUUGAUAAGAGGACCACAAAUUCAAAUGGUAUACAGACCUGCUAACCAUGUUACUGAGGUGCUUUCUAGGGAUUUCCAAUCAUCUGAUAAUUGGAACGGUGUUAGAACCUGGGUACCAAAUUUCAUAUCAAUAAUAACUGAUAUUGCUAAAAAUAAGGUUGAUUUUCCAAAUAUUUGUUUCAACAACUGCUAA